AUGUCGAAAGAAACCAUCGGGACUCUCGUCGUGGUCGUCCUUAAGGCUCGAAACCUCCGCGAUAAGCACUCCUUUUACAAGCAGGACCCCUAUGCAGCGGUAUCUUUGAACGGGGUAACGAGGAGGACGAAAGCAGAUAUCAAGGGUGGUCAGCACCCUGUUUGGGACGAGGAACUUCGAUUUCCUGUUUUCAAGGAAUCGACAAACCUGUACAGAGACCUCAAAGUGGAAUGUUGGUCGAAGGAACCGAAGGCAGAUGACAUGAUCGGACAGGGCAAGAUCAACAUCGAAGAGACUCUGACGACAGGAGAAUUUGACGACUGGAUCCAAAUGUAUGAACCUUCUGGACAAGCCCGCGGGGAGGUCUAUCUUGAGAUGACCUUUUACGCCGCUGGGCCUCCGCCAGUGCGAAGACCGUCCAAAAUGGCUCCAAAAGACCGU